AUAGUUUCUAAAAGUAACAACCGGCUGUCUUCAGAUUCAGAAAAAUAGAACUCCUAUAAAGUAACUCGGAGUCUAAUUUUUAUAAAAUAAAAUAUAUUAUAUUGCAGAAUAUUCAUUUAAAACAACCUUUGAAAUAUAUUAGUAAAACUUAAAAAAAGUACACAAUCAUCAAAAUGUUAAGUGAAGAGGAACAGAUGAGAAUGGAGUUGCAACGUAUGCAAAGAAAAGCAGACGAAGUAACAAAUGAGUCUUUGGAAAGCACUAGAAGAAUGCUGUUAUUGGCAGAGGAAACCCAAGACACUGGUAUAAAAACAUUGGUUGCUUUAGAUGAGCAAGGCGAGAAGUUGAAUCGCAUUGAAGAAAAUUUAGAUGAUAUUAAUGCUGGUAUGAAAGAAGCAGAAAAAAAUUUAACUGGACUUGAAAAAUUUUGCGGCCUUUGUGUUUGCUCCUGUAGAAAGCGUGCUGAUUUUGAAACUUCAGAGGUUUAUAGAAAAGCUUAUUCAAGAAAAGAACCACCAAAUUCAGCUGGAGUUGCUUUACAAACUAAAGAUAAAGUUCCGAACAAUGGAGCAGCUACAAGUGGAUACAUAUCACGUAUCACAAAUGAUGCUCGAGAAGAUGAGAUGGAUGAAAACAUUGGCCAAGUUGCUGGUAUCCUAACCAAUCUAAAAUCUAUGGCCAUUGACAUGGGUGGGGAACUAGAUAGACAAAAUACGCAGAUAACGAGACUUACUGACAAGGCAAGUGCAAACGAAUCACGAAUUGAAAAUGCCAAUAAAAGGGCAAACCAAAUUUUACGAAAUUAGCUUAUUUUUUUGUCAGUUAUAGGUCUUCUAUAAUAAUACUAUUUAAUUAGAAACUUUUAUUUUACAUUAUUAUUUUCAUCAUUUUUACUAUCAUUAUUGUUAUUGCAGACCUGCGUGUUGUAUAAUUCAGGUUGUAUAAUUAGGGUUGAAGUAGUUCGAGCCGUAGAAUUAGGGCUGAAAGGACGAUGGUAUAGUAUUUUAAAAUGGUACUUUUAGGGAUAAAACUAUACUAAUUUGUGUCUUUGUUAAAAUGAUAAAUAGCUUUGCGAUUAUUAACAUUACACUUGCAUGUGUCGCAUUGUUCUUUUCUUUACACGCCUCAUCAGACAUUCUAACUUUUUAAUACAUCUCCUAAAGUUCCCAUCAUUCAUCAAAGUAGUCAAGUUAAGUCAAAUUUAAAGUUUUAGUAUCACAGAACGCGUCCGAUUAUUAUCAAACUUUUUUUAAUUUAUCGAUUAAGACUAUAAAAUUACUUUUUACAAGUUGGUUGUGUGUAGAUUAAGUAUUGUAAUUUAAGGUUUUUUUUAUUAAAAGUUUAUAUAUUGGGAUUUUAUAUAUUAUGUAUAUUUCUGUUACACGUUCGGUAUUAUAUUACUGUUUUCAAAUAGCUAUAUUGUUUUGCAAUAUUUUUUAUAAAAGCAAUAUAAUUUUAUGCUUAAUUUUAUUUGUGUGCGAGUGAGUAUCUAACUGUUUGAUUGUAACUUAUAUGAAAAUGCCUUUUCGUUAUUCCAUUAUUUGAUUUUUUCAUUUGUUAACUGUUCAUGUCGAAUUAAGUUAAGAUUCCCUUUUUUCUAUCAACUUUUGUUUCGGCAUUUUUUGCUUCAAGUUUUUUUUAUGUUGUGGCAGUUAGAUUGUAAUACUUUAAUAGGUUUUUUUAAUUUACAAAUUAUUUUUAAAAUGUUAUAUUAUUUAAAAAAAAAAAUGCAUCAGUUAAUAACGUAUUUAUUAUGUGUACACUUCUCUUUUUUAGAGGUUUUCACUUAAA